AUGUCCAAAAGACAGGCAGAGUUGUCGCUGGAGCAAGAGGCUGCGGCUGGCUCUCCGGCCUCUAAGAAGGCCCGCGUGGAAGACGACAACCUGCCGGAAGAUGACCCGCGUCACGGAGCACUACCAUUGCGCCGAGCUCCAGGACAAGAGAUGGAGAACGAUGAACGCAACGGAAAUGACAUCCUUGCAGCCGCAGAUCAAGAGGGAGAGGAACUUCAAGAAGCCGCGCAAGUAGGCGAGGAGGAAGAGGACGACGAAGUGGACGACGACCGACCUGCGAUUGUGGCCCCUCAACGCCAGAGCGCUCCGAUGGAAGGAUACAGCGACCUCUACCUCGAUACGAUCAAUCGCCAGAUCCUGGACUUUGACUUCGAAAAAUUGUGCUCGGUCAGCUUGUCGAAUAUCAACGUCUACGCUUGUCUUGUGUGUGGCAAGUACUUCCAGGGCAGAGGUCCCAAAUCCCACGCCUACUUCCAUGCCCUAGAGGUUUCACACCAUGUCUUUGUCAACAUGGGAACGAAGAAGGUCUACGUCUUACCAGAGGGCUAUGAAGUCAAGAACAAGAGCUUGGAUGAUAUCAAAUACGUGGUCGAUCCGUACUACACCAAGGAUGAGGUUGCGAAGCUAGACAAGGAGGUCACCGAUGCUUUCGACCUGUCGGGGAAACGCUAUCGUCCAGGUUUUGUUGGUAUGAACAAUAUCAAGGCAAACGACUACCUGAACGUCGUUGCCCAGGCCCUCGCUCAUGUCCUUCCGAUUCGCAACUACUUUCUUCUCCACGACUUCCCACAGCCUGGUACACCUCAACUAGUCCUGCGCUUUGGUACACUCGUGCGGAAGCUUUGGAACCCCAAAGCCUUCCGGUCCCACGUAUCCCCUCACGAACUAUUGCAAGAGAUUGCUCUGCGGUCCUCCAAGCGAUUCACCCUCACCCAACAGUCUGACCCAGUGGAAUUCCUAUCCUGGUUCCUAAACAAUCUACACCUCGCGCUUGGUGGCUCCCGGAAACCAUCAAAAAAAGCAACUAGUGUCGUCCACGCCGCGUUCCAAGGCCGCCUCCGGAUCGAAAGCCAAGCCAUCACAGCGCACUCAGACACGCAGAACGCUCGCCUGGUCUUCACAGAAUCUGGCACCAUCAACAGUCAAACAACACCCUUCCUCAUCCUCACCCUCGACCUGCCUCCAACACCUCUCUUCCAAUCCGCAAACAGGGAAUCCAUUAUCCCUCAAGUCCCCCUGACCACCCUCCUCAACAAGUACAAUGGCAUCACCGCCUCCGAGAAGCUCGCCCACCGUCUCCGCCACCGUCUCCUCCAUCCACUUCCUCCCUACCUCAUGUUCCACAUCAAGCGCUUCAGCAAAAAUAGAUUCGUCUCCGAGCGCAACCCGACAAUCGUCACUUUCCCAUCCCCGCGCUCGCUCGACAUGUCGCCCUACGUAGAACCCAACCCGGAGAUCUGGCCUCCCGGCGAACCAAUCCUCUACGACCUCGUAGCAAACAUUAUCCUCGACCCCACAAUCACCGCACCCGGCGGGACAGAGGAUGCCGCUGAGAAGGGCGUCAAUGCAGCCUCAGGCGGCGGCGCCUCGUCCAGCGGCGCCGGUGCAGGCACCGAGAAGGUCUCGUGGCUUGUGCAGCUGCAUGAUAAGGCCAUGGCGGCCGAGAACACCCGUGUCCAAAAUGAGCAGCAUAGCGGCGAACAACGGGGGCCGGAGUGGUUAGAGAUCCAGGAUUUGUUUGUGAAACGCGCAGAGAGCGAGACGCUCUUCACGAAAGAAGGGUAUCUUAUGGUUUGGGAGCGGAGGAGGGUUCCUGGUAUGGAUAAGGGGAAGGCCGCUUCGAAAUGA